AUAACCUGUUCUACUCCUAGCCUUGUUCCUGUAAUAACCUGUUCUACUCCUAGCCUUGAUACUAUAGUAACCUGUUCUACUCCUAGCCUUGUUCCUGUAAUAACCUGUUCUACUCCUAGCCUCGUCCCUGUAGUAACCUGUUCUACUCCUAGCCUUGUUCCAGUAAUAACCAGUUCUACUCCUAGCCAUGUUCCUGUAAUAACCUGUUCUACUCUUUGCCUCGUUCCAGUAAUAACCUGUUCUACUCCUAGCCUUGUUCCUGUAAUAACCUGUUCUACUCCUAGCCUCGUUCCUGUAGUAACCUGUUCUACUCCUAGCCUCGUCCCUGUAGUAACCUGUUCUACUCCUAGCCUCGUUCCUGUAGUAACCUGUUCUACUCCUAGCCUCGUUCCUGUAGUAACCUGUUCUACUCCUAGCCUCGUUCCUGUAGUAAACUGUUCUACUCCUAGCCUCGUUCCUGUAGUAACCUGUUCUACUCCUAGCCUCGUUCCUGUAAUAACCUGUUCUACUCCUAGCCUUGUUCCUGUAGUAACCUGUUCUACUCCUAGCCUUGUUCCUGUAAUAACCUGUUCUACUCUUAGCCUCGUUCCUGUAUUAAUAUUUAUAUUAACAUUUUAGUCAUUUAGCAGAUGCUCUUAUCCAGAGCGACUUACAGUUAGUGAGUGCAUACAUUUUUCAUACUGGCCCCCCGUGGGAAUCGAACCCACAACCCUGGCGUUGCAAGCGCCAUGCUCUACCAACUGAGCUACAGGAGGGCUUAUGUGGUUUGAUUGAUUUUCAGAGUCUGCAUCCCAAAUGAAACCCUAUGCCAAGGGUAAAACUUUUCUUGCCCAGACAAACCGGCGACCCAGAAAACCCCAUCAUAUGCAAAAAAAUGAUCAGGUGAAUAAUAAAUGGAAAGGAGGUAAAACAACAAAAAAUGAUAGAUUUGGUAGAUAUUAAUUUGACCUCCCCAGUUAUAAUUGGAAGAGGAAGUGGAAACUCUAACAUAGCCUGUUAGCUAUUAAGGUAACUCCAAACACAUUUUCUGCUAAACUGUAUGUCCAAGUCAAGAAAGCUUACCAGUAGCCAUAGGCACUUCCCCCAGUAGCCAUAGGUACUUCCCCCAGUAGCCAUAGGUACUUCCCCCAGUAGCCAUAGGCACUUCCCCCAGUAGCCAUAGGUACUUCCCCCAGUAGCCAUAGGUACUUCCCCCAGUAGCCAUAGGCACUUCCCCCAGUAGCCAUAGGCACUUCCCCCAGUAGCCAUAGGCACUUCCCCCAGUAGCCAUAGGCACUUCCCCCAGUAGCCAUAGGUACUUCCCCCAGUAGCCAUAGGCACUUCCCCCAGUAGCCAUAGGCACUUCCCCCAGUAGCCAUAGGUACUUCCCCCAGUAGCCAUAGGCACUUCCCCCAGUAGCCAUAGGCACUUCCCCCAGUAGCCAUAGGUACUUCCCCCAGUAGCCAUAGGUACUUCCCCCAGUAGCCAUAGGCACUUCCCCCAGUAGCCAUAGGUACUUCCCCCAGUAGCCAUAGGCACUUCCCCCAGUAGCCAUAGGCACUUCCCCCAGUAGCCAUAGGCACUUCCCCCAGUAGCCAUAGGCACUUCCCCCAGUAGCCAUAGGUACUUCCAGUACUCCUAGCCUUGUUCCUGUAAUAACCUGUUCUACUCCUAGCCUUGUUCCUGUAAUAACCUGUUCUACUCCUAGCCUUGUUUCUGUAAUAACCUGUUCUACUCCUAGCCUUGUUCCUGUAAUAACCAGUUCUACUCCUAGCCUCGUUCCUGUAAUAACCUGUUCUACUCCUAGCCUUGUUCCUGUAAUAACCUGUUCUACUCCUAGCCUCGUUCCUGUAAAUAACCUGUUCUACUCCUAGCCUUGUUCCUGUAGUAACCUGUUCUACUCCUAGCCUUGUUCCUGUAAUAACCUGUUCUACUCCUAGCCUUGUUCCUGUAGUAACCUGUUCUACUCCUAGCCUUGUUCCUGUAGUAACCUGUUCUACUCCUAGCCUUGUUCCUGUAGUAACCUGUUCUACUCCUAGCCUUGUUCCUGUAAUAACCUGUUCUACUCCUAGCCUUGUUCCUGUAAUAACCUGUUCCACUCCUAGCCUUGUUCCUGUAAUAACCUGUUCUACUCCUAGCCUCGUUCCUGUAAUAACCUGUUCUACUCCUAGCCUCGUUCCUGUAAUAACCUGUUCUACUCCUAGCCUUGUUCCUGUAAUAACCUGUUCUACUCCUAGCCUCGUUCCUGUAAUAACCUGUUCUACUCCUAGCCUUGUUCCUGUAGUAACCUGUUCUACUCCUAGCCUUGUUCCUGUAGUAACCUGUUCUACUCCUAGCCUUGUUCCUGUAAUAACCUGUUCUACUCCUAGCCUUGUUCCUGUAAUAACCUGUUCUACUCCUAGCCUUGUUCCUGUAAUAACCUGUUCUACUCCUAGCCUUGUUCCUGUAAUAACCUGUUUCUACUCCUAGCCUUGUUCCUGUAAUAACCUGUUCUACUCCUAGCCUUGUUCCUGUAAUAACCUGUUCUACUCUUAGCCUCGUUCCUGUAUUAAUAUUUAUAUUAACAUUUUAGUCAUUUAGCAGAUGCUCUUAUCCAGAGCGACUUACAGUUAGUGAGUGCAUACAUUUUUCAUACUGGCCCCCCGUGGGAAUCGAACCCACAACCCUGGCGUUGCAAGCGCCAUGCUCUACCAACUGAGCUACAGGAGGGCUUAUGUGGUUUGAUUGAUUUUCAGAGUCUGCAUCCCAAAUGAAACCCUAUGCCAAGGGUAAAACUUUUCUUGCCCAGACAAACCGGCGACCCAGAAAACCCCAUCAUAUGCAAAAAAAUGAUCAGGUGAAUAAUAAAUGGAAAGGAGGUAAAACAACAAAAAAUGAUAGAUUUGGUAGAUAUUAAUUUGACCUCCCCAGUUAUAAUUGGAAGAGGAAGUGGAAACUCUAACAUAGCCUGUUAGCUAUUAAGGUAACUCCAAACACAUUUUCUGCUAAACUGUAUGUCCAAGUCAAGAAAGCUUACCAGUAGCCAUAGGCACUUCCCCCAGUAGCCAUAGGUACUUCCCCCAGUAGCCAUAGGUACUUCCCCCAGUAGCCAUAGGCACUUCCCCCAGUAGCCAUAGGUACUUCCCCCAGUAGCCAUAGGUACUUCCCCCAGUAGCCAUAGGCACUUCCCCCAGUAGCCAUAGGCACUUCCCCCAGUAGCCAUAGGUACUUCCCCCAGUAGCCAUAGGCACUUCCCCCAGUAGCCAUAGGCACUUCCCCCAGUAGCCAUAGGCACUUCCCCCAGUAGCCAUAGGCACUUCCCACAGUAGCCAUAGGUACUUCCCCAGUAGCCAUAGGUACUUCCCCCAGUAGCCAUAGGCACUUCCCCCAGUAGCCAAUAGGCACUUCCCCCAGUAGCCAUAGGUACUUCCCCCAGUAGCCAUAGGCACUUCCCCCCAGUAGCCAUAGGCACUUCCCCCAGUAGCCAUAGGUACUUCCCCCAGUAGCCAUAGGUACUUCCCCCAGUAGCCAUAGGCACUUCCCCCAGUAGCCAUAGGCACUUCCCCCAGUAGCCAUAGGCACUUCCCCCAGUAGCCAUAGGCACUUCCCCCAGUAGCCAUAGGCACUUCCCCCAGUAGCCAUAGGCACUUCCCCCAGUAGCCAUAGGCACUUCCCCCAGUAGCCAUAGGUACUUCCCCCAGUAGCCAUAGGUACUUCCCCCAGUAGCCCAUAGGCACUUCCCCCAGUAGCCAUAGGCACUUCCCCCAGUAGCCAUAGGCACUUCCCCCAGUAGCCAUAGGCACUUCCCCCAGUAGCCAUAGGCACUUCCCCCAGUAGCCAUAGGCACUUCCCCCAGUAGCCAUAGGCACUUCCCCCAGUAGCCAUAGGUACUUCCCCCAGUAGCCAUAGGUACUUCCCCCAGUAGCCAUAGGCACUUCCCCCAGUAGCCAUAGGCACUUCCCCCAGUAGCCAUAGGCACUUCCCCCAGUAGCCAUUUCAGAUUUACACAAAGAGGUUGGCACUGAAUAAGGUUCAGUUGUCUACAGUCCACAACAUCUUCACCGCUGGUCUGCUGUCCAAUACAAACCUCAUGGGAAACUGGUAGCACCUUUGGCUUGACCAUAGAUACACUUUAAAACACAUUAAGCCAAUGUCCAGCACUUAAAAACAAAAAAUAAAACACAUGCCUACUUUUAAAAGAGAACACUUCAAAUGGAAUGUGGCCCUAGAAAGCCAAAGAACAGGAUCCUUAAACUAAAUCAACUGAUCCUGCAUCUUUGCCUGUGCUACAAACUUCUUGAGUCUAGUGGAUGUCACAACCUGUUCUACUCCUAGCCUUGUUCUCAAGCUCCUAGCCUCGUUCCUGUAAUAACCUGUUCUACUCCUAGCCUUGUUCCUGUAAUAACCUGUUCUACUCCUAGCCUUGUUCCUGUAAUAACCUGUUCUACUCCUAGCCUUGUUCCUGUAAUAACCUGUUCUACUCCUAGCCUCGUUCCUGUAAUAACCUGUUCUACUCCUAGCCUCGUUCCUGUAAUAACCUGUUUCUACUCCUAGCCUCGUUCCUGUAAUAACCUGUUAUACUCCUAGCCUUGUUCCUGUAAUAACCUGUUCUACUCCUAGCCUUGUUACUAUAGUAACCUGUUCUACUCCUAGCCUCGUUCCUGUAAUAACCUGUUCUACUACUAGCCUUGUUACUAUAGUAACCUGUUCUACUCCUAACCUUGUUCCUGUAAUAACCAGUUCUACUCCUAGCCUUGUUCCUGUAAUAACCAGUUCUACUCCUAGCCUUGUUCCUGUAAUAACCUGUUCUACUCCUAGCCUCGUUCCUGUAAUAACCUGUUCUACUCCUAGCCUCGUUCCUGUAAUAACCUGUUCUACUCCUAGCCUUGUUCCUGUAGUAACCUGUUCUACUCCUAGCCUCGUUCCUGUAAUAACCUGUUAAACUCCUAGCCUCGUUCCUGUAAUAACCUGUUCUACUCCUAGCCUCGUUCCUGUAAUAACCUGUUCUACUCCUAGCCUCGUUCCUGUAAUAGCCUGUUCUACUCCUAGCCUUGUUCCUGUAAUAACCUGUUCUACUCCUAGCCUCGUUACUAUAGUAACCUGUUCUACUCCUAGCCUCGUUACUAUAGUAACCUGCUCUACUCCUAGCCUCGUUCCUGUAGUAACCUGUUCUACUCCUAGCCUUGUUACUAUAGUAACCUGUUCUACUCCUAGCCUUGUUCCUGUAGUAACCUGUUCUACUCCUAGCCUUGUUCCUGUAGUAACCUGUUCUACUCCUAGCCUUGUUCCUGUAAUAACCUGUUCUACUCCUAGCCUUGUUCCUGUAAUAACCUGUUCUACUCCUAGCCUUGUUCCUGUAAUAACCUGUUCUACUCCUAGCCUUGUUCCUGUAAUAACCUGUUCUACUCCUAGCCUUGUUCCUGUAAUAACCUGUUCUACUCCUAGCCUUGUUUCUGUAAUAACCUGUUCUACUCCUAGCCUUGUUCCUGUAAUAACCAGUUCUACUCCUAGCCUCGUUCCUGUAAUAACCUGUUCUACUCCUAGCCUUGUUCCUGUAAUAACCUGUUCUACUCCUAGCCUCGUUCCUGUAAAUAACCUGUUCUACUCCUAGCCUUGUUCCUGUAGUAACCUGUUCUACUCCUAGCCUUGUUCCUGUAAUAACCUGUUCUACUCCUAGCCUUGUUCCUGUAGUAACCUGUUCUACUCCUAGCCUUGUUCCUGUAGUAACCUGUUCUACUCCUAGCCUUGUUCCUGUAGUAACCUGUUCUACUCCUAGCCUUGUUCCUGUAAUAACCUGUUCUACUCCUAGCCUUGUUCCUGUAAUAACCUGUUCUACUCCUAGCCUUGUUCCUGUAAUAACCUGUUCCACUCCUAGCCUUGUUCCUGUAAUAACCUGUUCUACUCCUAGCCUUGUUCCUGUAAUAACCUGUUCUACUCCUAGCCUUGUUCCUGUAAUAACCUGUUCUACUCUUAGCCUCGUUCCUGUAUUAAUAUUUAUAUUAACAUUUUAGUCAUUUAGCAGAUGCUCUUAUCCAGAGCGACUUACAGUUAGUGAGUGCAUACAUUUUUCAUACUGGCCCCCCGUGGGAAUCGAACCCACAACCCUGGCGUUGCAAGCGCCAUGCUCUACCAACUGAGCUACAGGAGGGCUUAUGUGGUUUGAUUGAUUUUCAGAGUCUGCAUCCCAAAUGAAACCCUAUGCCAAGGGUAAAACUUUUCUUGCCCAGACAAACCGGCGACCCAGAAAACCCCAUCAUAUGCAAAAAAAUGAUCAGGUGAAUAAUAAAUGGAAAGGAGGUAAAAACAACAAAAAAUGAUAGAUUUGGUAGAUAUUAAUUUGACCUCCCCAGUUUAUAAUUGGAAGAGGAAGUGGAAACUCUAACAUAGCCUGUUAGCUAUUAAGGUAACUCCAAACACAUUUUCUGCUAAACUGUAUGUCCAAGUCAAGAAAGCUUACCAGUAGCCAUAGGCACUUCCCCCAGUAGCCAUAGGUACUUCCCCCAGUAGCCAUAGGUACUUCCCCCAGUAGCCAUAGGCACUUCCCCCAGUAGCCAUAGGUACUUCCCCCAGUAGCCAUAGGUACUUCCCCCAGUAGCCAUAGGCACUUCCCCCAGUAGCCAUAGGUACUUCCCCCAGUAGCCAUAGGCACUUCCCCCAGUAGCCAUAGGCACUUCCCCCAGUAGCCAUAGGCACUUCCCCCAGUAGCCAUAGGCACUUCCCCCAGUAGCCAUAGGUACUUCCCCCAGUAGCCAUAGGUACUUCCCCCAGUAGCCAUAGGCACUUCCCCCAGUAGCCAUAGGCACUUCCCCCAGUAGCCAUAGGCACUUCCCCCAGUAGCCAUAGGUACUUCCCCAGUAGCCAUAGGCACUUCCCCCAGUAGCCAUAGGCACUUCCCCCAGUAGCCAUAGGUACUUCCCCCAGUAGCCAUAGGCACUUCCCCCAGUAGCCAUAGGCACUUCCCCCAGUAGCCAUAGGCACUUCCCCCAGUAGCCAUAGGCACUUCCCCCAGUAGCCAUAGGCACUUCCCCCAGUAGCCAUAGGCACUUCCCCCAGUAGCCAUAGGCACUUCCCCCAGUAGCCAUAGGCACUUCCCCCAGUAGCCAUAGGCACUUCCCCCAGUAGCCAUAGGCACUUCCCCCAGUAGCCAUAGGCACUUCCCCCCAGUAGCCAUAGGCACUUCCCCCAGUAGCCAUAGGCACUUCCCCCAGUAGCCAUAGGCACUUCCCCCAGUAGCCAUAGGCACUUCCCCCAGUAGCCAUAGGCACUUCCCCCAGUAGCCAUAGGCACUUCCCCCAGUAGCCAUAGGCACUUCCCCCAGUAGCCAUAGGUACUUCCCCCAGUAGCCAUAGGUACUUCCCCCAGUAGCCAUAGGCACUUCCCCCAGUAGCCAUAGGCACUUCCCCCAGUAGCCAUAGGCACUUCCCCCAGUAGCCAUUUCAGAUUUACACAAAGAGGUUGGCACUGAAUAAGGUUCAGUUGUCUACAGUCCACAACAUCUUCACCGCUGGUCUGCUGUCCAAUACAAACCUCAUGGGAAACUGGUAGCACCUUUGGCUUGACCAUAGAUACACUUUAAAACACAUUAAGCCAAUGUCCAGCACUUAAAAACUAAAAAUAAAACACAGGCCUACUUUUAAAAGAGAACACUUCAAAUGGAAUGUGGCCCUAGAAAGCCAAAGAACAGGAUCCUUAAACUAAAUCAACUGAUCCUGCAUCUUUGCCUGUGCUACAAACUUCUUGAGUCUAGUGGAUGUCACAACCUGUUCUACUCCUAGCCUUGUUCUCAAGCUCCUAGCCUCGUUCCUGUAAUAACCUGUUCUACUCCUAGCCUUGUUCCUGUAAUAACCUGUUCUACUCCUAGCCUUGUUCCUGUAAUAACCUGUUCUACUCCUAGCCUUGUUCCUGUAAUAACCUGUUCUACUCCUAGCCUUGUUCCUGUAAUAACCUGUUCUACUCCUAGCCUCGUUCCUGUAAUAACCUGUUCUACUCCUAGCCUCGUUCCUGUAAUAACCUGUUCUACUCCUAGCCUCGUUCCUGUAAUAACCUGUUCUACUCCUAGCCUUGUUCCUGUAAUAACCUGUUCUACUCCUAGCCUUGUUACUAUAGUAACCUGUUCUACUCCUAGCCUCGUUCCUGUAAUAACCUGUUCUACUACUAGCCUUGUUACUAUAGUAACCUGUUCUACUCCUAACCUUGUUCCUGUAAUAACCAGUUCUACUCCUAGCCUUGUUCCUGUAAUAACCAGUUCUACUCCUAGCCUUGUUCCUGUAGUAACCUGUUCUACUCCUAGCCUCGUUCCUGUAAUAACCUGUUCUACUCCUAGCCUCGUUCCUGUAAUAACCUGUUCUACUCCUAGCCUCGUUCCUGUAAUAGCCUGUUCUACUCCUAGCCUUGUUCCUGUAAUAACCUGUUCUACUCCUAGCCUCGUUACUAUAGUAACCUGUUCUACUCCUAGCCUCGUUACUAUAGUAACCUGUUCUACUCCUAGCCUCGUUCCUGUAGUAACCUGUUCUACUCCUAGCCUUGUUACUAUAGUAACCUGUUCUACUCCUAGCCUUGUUCCUGUAGUAACCUGUUCUACUCCUAGCCUUGUUCCUGUAGUAACCUGUUCUACUCCUAGCCUUGUUCCUGUAAUAACCUGUUCUACUCCUAGCCUUGUUCCUGUAAUAACCUGUUCUACUCCUAGCCUUGUUCCUGUAAUAACCUGUUCUACUCCUAGCCUUGUUCCUGUAAUAACCUGUUCUACUCCUAGCCUUGUUCCUGUAAUAACCUGUUCUACUCCUAGCCUUGUUUCUGUAAUAACCUGUUCUACUCCUAGCCUUGUUCCUGUAAUAACCAGUUCUACUCCUAGCCUCGUUCCUGUAAUAACCUGUUCUACUCCUAGCCUUGUUCCUGUAAUAACCUGUUCUACUCCUAGCCUCGUUCCUGUAAAUAACCUGUUCUACUCC